GAGAGAGAGAGAGAGAGAGAGAGAGAGAAUGGGGCCAAAGGAAGCUGAAGCAGAGCUACAAGCGCAAGCUGAUAUAUGGAAAUACAUGUUGAGCUAUGUAGACUCCAUGGCAGUGAAAUGUGCUGUGGAGCUCCGCAUAGCUGACACUAUAAACAUGCAUGGUUGUCCAAUUACAUUAUCACAGAUAGUAGCUGAUAUUCCUGAUGCACUCUCUCCAAAUGUCAGCUAUCUCAAACGCAUCAUGAGAUUGCUAGUCCGCAGAAAGAUCUUCACCGAACAUCAUCCAUUAGAAGGUGGAGACACUAAGUACGGCAUCACCCACUUAUCAAGAUGGCUAUUGCAAGAUUCACAGAUGAGCCUAGCUCCUAUGCUACUCAUGGAGACCCAUCCUAGGCUAAUGACUCCCUGGCACAUUAUUAGCCAUUGUAUCAAAGACGGUGGCAUAUGCUUUGAGAAGAUUAAUGGGCGUGCGAUUUGGGACUUUGCUUCUGAAAAUCCUGAAUUCAACAAGUUGUUCAAUGAUGCCAUGGCUUGUACGGCCAGGAUUGUGAUGAAUACUGUUCUCUCUGAGUAUAAACAUGGGUUUGAUUCUGUGGGAUCAUUGGUGGAUGUGGGAGGUGGGAUAGGUAGUGGGCUAGCUGAGAUUGUGAAAUCCUAUCCACACAUCAAAGGUAUCAACUUUGAUCUACCACAUGUUGCUGCUACAGCACCCAUUUAUGAUGGAAUCACACAUGUUGGAGGUGACAUGUUUCACUCCAUUCCAAAUGCUGACGCAAUUUUCAUGAAGUGGAUCCUACAUGAUUGGAGUGACGAAAAUUGUGUUAGGAUUUUGAAAAACUGCCGAAAAGCAAUACCGAAAGAGACUGGAAAGGUCAUUAUUGUAGGUGUUGUGCUACAGCCAGAUGGUGAUGGUCUAUUUGAUGACACAGGCUUUGUAUUUGAUUUGCUUAUGCUUGCACACACCUCAGGUGGCAGGGAAAGGACUGAACUUGAGUGGAAGAAAGUAUUGGAAGAAGCAGGCUUUCCUCACUACAAUCUCAUCAAAAUUCCAGCUUUACCAUCCAUUAUUGAAGCGUACCCUAAGUGA